UUCCCCGCUCCGUUUUCCCGUUGAACGAAAUCGAAGAACGUAGAAUAGCAAGACGACGCAACAGAUUGCGAAAGAUAGAAAGAGAGGAGAUUUAUGAUUCUGGAAAAUCUAGGGUUUUGAAAGUCUUCUUCUGCAAUUUUGGAUUUGGUUUCUGUUGGUGGUUGAUAUUUGUGUUCACUAAUGGCGACUCCGUUAACAACGGGUCUUCAACAUAGAGAUGGAGGUUUAGCUUUAAUGACCGGACCUGUAAAUCCAGUGGAUCCUUCUUCUUCUAAACCUUGCUUGAAGAAUUCUUCUCAGAAAUCUCCAAUCCUUAUCUUUAUUUUCUUCCACAAAGCCAUCCGUUCCUUGCUCGAUGGGCUGCACCGAGCUGCUAUGGCGUUUGCAACUGACCAGGACGGCGACAUCCGACCACUGUUCGAGCGUUAUCACUUUCUUCGCGCAAUCUAUAAGCAUCACUGCAAUGCCGAAGAUGAGGUCAUUUUUCCAGCUCUUGAUAUACGCGUGAAGAACGUAGCACGGACAUACUCCCUUGAGCACAAGGGAGAAAGCGAUCUUUUCGAUCAGUUGUUCGAGCUGCUGAGUUCAAAGACAAAAAAUGAUGAAAGCUUUCGGAGAGAGUUAGCUUGUUGCACAGGAGCCCUUCAAACAUCCGUUAGUCAGCACAUGUCCAAGGAAGAGGAGCAGGUCUUUCCCUUGCUCAUUGAGAAGUUCUCAUUUGAAGAGCAGGCUUCUAUAGUCUGGCAAUUUUUGUGCAGCAUUCCUGUGAAUAUGAUGGCAGAAUUCCUUCCUUGGCUUUCAUUUUCUAUUUCAUCUGAUGAACAUCAAGAUAUGCUGAAGUGCUUGUGCAAGAUAGUCCCAGAAGAGAAGCUUCUUCAACAAGUUAUAUUUACAUGGAUGGAAGGAAAAAAGAUAUCUGGUAUUCAUAAAAACUGUGAAGAUGAUUCUCAGCUUCAGUGUUCUGUAGAUUCUGGGGUGGGCAUGUCAAUUGAUCAGACCGAGCAAGGAUCCUGUGCAUGUGGAUAUUCAAAGAUUGGGAAAAGAAAAUAUUUGGAUUCAAACAGUGAUGUUACUGAUUCUACUGAGUUACAUCCAAUAAAUGAAAUAUUGCUUUGGCAUAGUUCUAUAAAAAAAGAGUUGAAUGAUAUAGCAGAGGAGGCUAGGAAGAUACAACGUUCUGGAGAUUUUUCUGAUCUAUCAGCUUUCAAUGAGAGGCUACAAUUUAUUGCUGAAGUUUGCAUCUUUCAUAGUAUUGCCGAGGACAAUGUUAUAUUCCCUGCAGUGGAUGAGGAACUCUCUUUUGCUCAGGAGCAUGCUGAAGAAGCAAGUCAGUUUAAUAAGUUUAGGUGCUUGAUAGAAAGCAUACAAAGUGCCGGUGCUACCUCAACUUUGGCUGAGUUCUACACGAAGCUGUGUGCACAUGCUGAUCAAAUAAUGGACUCCAUACAGAAGCACUUUCACAAUGAAGAAGUACAGGUCAUUCCACUUGCACGAAAGCAUUUUGUCCCCCAAAAGCAGAGAGAACUUAUGUACCAGAGCCUAUGUGUGAUGCCCUUGAAAUUGUUGGAGUGUGUCUUACCAUGGCUUGUAGGAUCACUAAGUGAAGUUGAAGCAAGAUCUUUUCUUCGAAAUAUGUAUUUGGCAGCACCGGCAUCUGAGAUGGCAUUGGUAACACUUUUCUCUGGUUGGGCAUGCAAGGGUCGUCCGGAGGAUGUUUGUCUGUCUUCAAGUGCAAUUGGUUGCUGUCCUGUAAAAAAGUUUAUUGAAAUCGAAGAAGACCUCAGUCAGCUGUCCUGUGCAUGUGCCUCUCCAUGUACCUCAAAUGAUGACCACAGGCCUAUUAAACGUGGCAAUAUAUCAGGAUCAUGCGAAAAUAAUAUUGAAACUGUAAAUACCCGUAAACCAUCUGGUAGUAAUCAGGCUUGUUGUGUCCCUGGUUUGGGAGUUACCAAUGGCAACCGGGGAAUAAGUUCACUUGCUGCCACGAAGUCUAUGCGUACCUUGUCUGGCAAUCUUUCUGCUCCAUCUCUUAAUUCCAGUCUUUUUGUUUGGGAAACAGAUAAUAGCUCUUCUGAUAUUGCUUACACAUCACGACCAAUUGAUAACAUUUUCAAAUUUCAUAAAGCUAUUCGCAAGGAUUUGGAAUAUUUAGAUGCUGAAUCUGGUAAGCUUAAUGGUUGUGAUGAGGCUUUUCUUCGGCAAUUUAGUGGAAGAUUUCGUUUAUUAUGGGGUCUUUACAGGGCCCAUAGCAAUGCUGAGGAUGAGAUAGUCUUCCCAGCAUUGGAAUCCAAGGAGAAUCUACAUAACGUGAGUCACUCGUAUACUCUGGACCACAAACAGGAAGAAAAACUGUUUGAGGAUAUAUCAUCAGUUCUUUCUGAGCUUUCACAGCUGCAUGAGUCCUUGAACAGUUCCAAUAUAUCUGAGGAUUCAACUAGAAGGAACUCUGAUUCUUCUGCUGAUCCUGGUUCUGAGUUUAUGAGAAAACACAAUGAAUUUGCAACGAAGCUUCAAGGCAUGUGUAAAUCCAUAAGAGUUUCACUGGACCAACAUGUUAUUAGGGAAGAACUUGAGCUAUGGCCGUUGUUUGAUACACACUUUUCUGUGGAGGAGCAGGAAAAAAUUGUUGGCCGCAUUAUUGGAACUACAGGUGCAGAGGUUCUCCAGUCAAUGUUACCAUGGGUAACUUCAGCACUUAGUCAGGAAGAGCAGAAUAAAAUGAUGGACACUUGGAAGCAGGCUGCAAAAAACACAAUGUUUAGUGAGUGGCUUGAUGAAUGGUGGGAAGGAACUCCUGUGGCAUCUCAGCAGAAAGCAAAAUCAGAGAGUAGCAUUUCUCAAGAAGGCACUGAUAUGCAAGAAAGCUUGGAUCCGAGUGAUCAGAUGUUCAGGCCUGGAUGGGGAGAUAUUUUUCGGAUGAAUCAAAGUGAGCUUGAGGCAGAGAUACGAAAGGUCUCUCGAGACUCAACGCUUGAUCCAAGGAGGAAAGCAUAUCUUAUUCAAAAUCUUAUGACUAGUCGGUGGAUUGCAGCUCAGCAGAAGUUACCUCAAACAAGAACAGGGGAAGGUUUGAAUGGUGAAGAUGUGCCUGGAUGCUCUCCAUCUUUUCGGGAUCCAGAGAAACAGGUGUUUGGGUGUGAGCAUUACAAAAGAAACUGCAAACUCCUCGCUGCUUGCUGUGGAAAGUUGUUUACAUGCAGGUUCUGCCAUGAUAAAGUCAGUGAUCACUCAAUGGAUAGGAAAGUAACAUCGGAAAUGAUGUGUAUGUCCUGCCUGAAGAUUCAGGCAGUUGGACCAAUUUGCACAACACCAUCCUGCAAUGGGCUUUCAAUGGCAAAGUACUAUUGCAAUAUAUGCAAAUUUUUUGAUGAUGAAAGGACAGUAUACCAUUGCCCCUUUUGCAAUUUAUGCCGCGUAGGGAAGGGACUUGGCAUCGAUUUUUUUCAUUGCAUGACGUGCAAUUGUUGCUUGGGGAUGUCUUUAGUGGACCACAAGUGUUGGGAGAAAGGUCUUGAAACAAAUUGCCCCAUCUGCUGUGAUUUUUUAUUCACUUCAAGUGCUACAGUCAGAGCUCUUCCAUGUGGGCACUUCAUGCAUUCAGCUUGCUUCAAGGUGUAUACUUGCAGUCACUACACUUGUCCAAUAUGUAGCAAAUCUUUGGGGGAUAUGGCGGUGUAUUUUGGCAUGCUUGAUGCUUUGUUAGCUGCUGAGGAGCUUCCAGAAGAAUACAAGGAUCGCUGUCAGGAUAUUCUGUGCAACGAUUGUGGUAAAAAGGGAAUGGCACGCUUUCACUGGUUGUAUCAUAAAUGUGGAUUUUGUGGAUCAUACAACACCCGGGUAAUCAAAAGUGAUUCAGCAAUUUCCAACUGCUCAACAUCAAAUUAGUAUGUGUAUGUGUGGUUCUGGGUUGAAGGGGUAAUCUGGUUUAUCUCUAGGUUGUUCGAGGUGUGUAAAUAUUCUUCCCAACAACAGCAACACAAGCUGAGUUUUGUAAGGUUCGUUGUACUAACAGUGAAAUAAGUUUUUCUAUGUUUAGUAAAGCCACCAGGAGCCGUAUCACCUGAGGUAGUUUUAUUGCCAUUUAAGAUUCAUGGAAAAAUGAAGUUGGUAAAGAAUUGAAAGAUCAAGAAACAAAGG